CCCGCCGCGGGCCGGGGAUGCGCUGAGGUGCGGCGGCGGGGCCGGGGCUUCCUCCCGCCCGCUUCGGGCGAGCACCUGGGCGCGGGGCGGGGGCGGCCCCCGGCCGGAGGAGGUCGGGCGGCGCUGAAGGGGGUCGAAGGGAGCGGGCAGGGCUGUGGGAGCGGAGCAUGGAGCGCAGCUGCCGCCCCCCGCCGGAGCAGGAAGCGGUGGAAGCGUGGCUGGACGAUCACUGCGACUUCGCCCGCUCCUACUUUGUUAGGAAAGCCACAAGAGAAAUGGUUAAUGCAUGGUUUGCUGAGAGAGUUCAUACCAUCCCCGUCUGCAAGGAGGGAACCAAGUCUCAGAGUGAAUCCUGUGCUUGUCACCAGCCUGCCUGUGCUGAGACUACCAACUCUGGGACGCCAGCGAGGAAAAUCUCUGCUUCUGAAUUUGACAGACCCUUACGGCCUAUUUUUGUCAAGGACUCAGUAGGAGCAGUGACCUUCCUCUCUGGCUCUGAAAAGAAGGAACAGAUGCCUCUGCAAUCUCCAAGGAUUGGGACCAGUGCAGGGGAUCAGUGCUCAAGGCUCUUAGAACUUGUGAAAGAUAUUUCUAGUCACUUGGAUGUCACAGCACUUUGCCAUAAAAUUUUCCUACAUAUCCAUGAGCUUAUAGCAGCUGAUCGCUAUUCCCUGUUCUUGGUCUGCGAGGAUAGCUCUAACGAGAAGUUUCUUGUAAGCAGACUGUUUGAUGUGGCUGAAGGCUCCACCCUAGAAGAAGCUUCAAACAGCUGCAUUCGCCUUGAGUGGAACAAGGGCAUCGUGGGCCAUGUGGCUGCUAUCGGCCAGCCUCUGAACAUCAAAAAUGCGUAUGAGGAUCCACGAUUCAAUGCAGAAGUCGACCAGAUCACGGGGUAUAAGACUCAGAGUAUUCUUUGUAUGCCAAUAAAGAAUCAUAGGGAAGAGGUUGUUGGUGUGGCUCAAGCAAUCAAUAAGAAAUCGGGAACUGGUGGGACUUUCACUGAACAAGACGAAAAGGAUUUUGCUGCGUAUUUGGCAUUUUGUGGAAUUGUUCUUCAUAAUGCUCAAUUGUAUGAAACAUCUUUGCUUGAAAACAGGCGUAAUCAGGUGCUUCUUGAUCUUGCCAGCCUGAUUUUUGAAGAGCAACAGUCUUUGGAAGUAAUUCUGAAGAAGAUAGCUGCCACUAUAAUAUCUUUCAUGCAGGUGCAGAGGUGUACCAUCUUCAUAGUGGAUGAAGAUUGCACUGAUUCAUUUUCUAGUGUGUUUCACAUGGAAUCUGAAGAAUUAGAGGAUUCAGCUGAAAACCUGAAGAGGGACUGUGAUACAAACAAAAUCAAUUAUAUGUACGCUCAGUAUGUCAAGAAUACUAUGGAGCCUCUCAACAUCCCAGAUGUCUGCAAAGAUAGAAGAUUUCCCUGGACAUCAGAAGAAACUGAAAAUGUAAAUCAACACAUAAAGAGUUUGCUGUGUACACCAAUAAAUGGGAAAAAGAAUAAGGUGAUAGGGGUUUGCCAGCUUGUGAAUAAGAUGGAAGAAAACUCAGGCAAAAUCAAGGCUUUCAACAGAAAUGACGAAGAGUUCCUGGAAGCUUUUGUCAUCUUUUGUGGCUUGGGGAUCCAGAAUACACAGAUGUAUGAAGCUGUAGAAAGAGCAAUGGCUAAACAGAUGGUGACAUUAGAGGUUCUCUCAUACCAUGCUUCUGCUGCAGAGGAGGAAACGAGGGAGCUGCAGGUAACAGCGGCUGCUGUAGUACCAUCUGCACAAUCUCUCAACCUAACUGACUUCAACUUCAGCGAUUUUGAGCUAUCGGAUUUUGAAACAACACUGUGUACAAUUCGAAUGUUCACAGACCUCAAUCUGGUGCAGAAUUUCCAAAUGAAACAUGAGGUUCUCUGCAGAUGGAUUUUAAGCGUGAAGAAAAAUUAUCGGAAAAAUGUUGCUUAUCACAAUUGGAGACAUGCCUUUAAUACAGCACAGUGCAUGUUUGCAGCUUUAAAAUCUGGUAAAAUUCAGAGCAAACUGACUGACUUAGAAACACUGGCUUUACUGAUAGCAGCUCUAAGCCAUGAUUUGGAUCACAGAGGAGUGAACAACUCUUACAUACAAAGAAGUGAACAUCCACUGGCUCAACUCUAUUGCCACUCUAUCAUGGAGCAUCACCAUUUCGAUCAAUGCCUGAUGAUCCUGAAUAGUCCAGGAAAUCAGAUUCUCAGCAGCCUUUCCAUCGAGGAAUACAAGGCCACACUGAAAAUGAUAAAACAAGCCAUUCUAGCCACAGACCUAGCACUAUACAUAAAGAGGAGAGGAGAAUUUUUUGAACUUCUAAGGAAGAAGCAAUUUAAUUGGGAAGAUCCUAUGCAGAAGGAGCUAUUUUUAGCAAUGCUGAUGACUGCUUGUGAUUUAUCAGCCAUAACCAAACCAUGGCCAGUUCAGCAACGGAUUGCUGAGCUUGUAGCUACUGAGUUCUUUGAUCAGGGUGAUAAAGAGCGGAAGGAACUCAACAUAGAACCAACAGAUUUAAUGAACAGAGAGAAGAAAAACAAAAUUCCAAGCAUGCAAGUUGGAUUCAUUGACGCUGUUUGUUUGCAGCUGUAUGAGGCCCUAACGCAUGUAUCAGAGGCCUGCUACCCUUUACUGGAUGGCUGUAGGAAAAAUAGGCAGAAAUGGCAAUCCUUAGCUGAACAACAAGAGAAGAAUCUGAUUAAUGGAGAAAGCAAUCAAGCCAAACGGAACUGAGAUGCCGAUUUAAAAACCACAAGCUUAAGUUCACGUAGAAGACAUAGUAAUAGGGGAGUUCUGCAUUUUACUAAACACUGUAUGGAUUUGGAUUAUGUUUUGCCACUGCUGUAUUAUUUUUCCACAUUUCAAGAUAUAGCAUGACCAUGUAUAUGUCAAGGUUAUAUAAAGAUCAUAUAUUUCUUUUAUUACAUCUGAGUGAGAUCAAAAAAGAUCUGCAAAGUUAGCUUAUGCUACCCUAUUCCACAAGAAGGUACGAGUGCAGUUACUCGACUGUCUCUGAGAGCCUAUUACUUUAUAGAUGUAUAUAGUUGUUCAGUGAUCAUGUUGUGGCCAGUAUCUUAAAGACUACUGCAUUUCGCACCUUUUUUCCUCUUCCAGUUUUGCUGUGUUAGGUUGUAAAAGAAAUGAGUGGUCUUGCCUCCUCUCUUCCCAGAGGCUGUGAAGAAAGAUUGGGACUAACUCUGGGGAGCUUAAUCCAGCAUAUACUAUGCUGACUUCUUUCAGGAGACAGAACUGGGCUUUGAAGUGAAAUAGCCCCAGAAUUUGUGUACCCAGUAGUUUUUUCAUAUGUUAAGAAUGUCUUAGCAAAUGUCUUGCAUUUGGAUCAAUAUUUUAAAACCCUGUGAAUUACUAGGCAAUGGAGGACUUAGGGGUUAUGUGGUAUAAGUGUCAUAAUUAUCCAUGGAUAAUGGAAAUUGCUUGUUGAUUAAAUACAACAUAACUGACAGGCUGCCUUGGAAGACUGAUUCCUAUAGAAGUCUGCAGGAAGCAAAAAGAGAAAUGGAAACUAAACAAGAUCAUUUUUAUAUGGUUUUAACUUCAUUUUGAAGUUGAAUUUAACAUCAUCAUAACCAGCAAACUAAAUCACAGGCAGGAAAAGUGGAAGAGAAUGUGACUGCAAGAGAUGAAAUCCGAAUCAGAAUGAUGCAGGAAUGGCAUACUUCCAGUGACCAUCAAGGACCAGUGCUAUUAUGAAAUGGCUAUGACCACUUUGAAGAAAAUUUUAUGUUAAUAUCUUUUAAAAAUCAUUUUUAGCAGCACUAGUUAAUGUUAAAAAUGAUCCACCAUGUCUUAAAGGAAUAUGAAAAAAGAAUACUGAAAGCAAAUAUAGACUAGAAUGCUACAGGGAUUUACCAAAAGUAAGAAUUAAUUAACUUGCACUAGGAGAAGAAGGCAUUGAUAUUUAUUCAAAUGAAGAUGAAUCAUAAAAAUUGUUUUGAACUGAUCAUUGGGAACCAAUUCAAGAAAAUAUGCACGUAAGACAAUCCUAAAAGAGUAGUACAAAGAGUACAAUGCUUUGGUUGGGCAGGAUUAAGAGACUAAUGUCAGCAAUCUAAGAUUGGUUAGUGGUAAGUAUAACUUCAGCUACACAGAGACAGAAUAUGUUGAUUUAUUUAUUUUUUUAUCUGUAGUAAGGACUGUAGAUAAAAUCAAAAAAAGUAUAAUGUAAAGGUCAUACACUUAGUAUCAUACUUGAAGGACAGGAGUUAUUUUGUAUCACAGUAAUCCAGAAAAUUCUUGUUGGAAACUGCAAUAAAUUUGUCUUCCCAGGGGACUAUCAAUCUCACCUCUAGUAGCUGGUUAGAAAGACACCGAAAACAACCUCUUUUUAUGCAUUUAAAUAAGCAAUACCAGCAGCUAACAAAAAAUGAAGCAAGUGCUUCAAAAUGUUCCACAAAAAAUGUUCCAUUUUUAAAAAAUGUAGAAUAAUGUAUUCUUACAUUUUGCAGCAUUUCUGCCAACCUGUAUUAUUUGCCACUGAUUAAAUCCCAUCUCAAAUUUCUCUAAUGACUACCAAUAACAUAUUAUUGCAGCUGUAUUUGAAAACUUUUUUUUCUAUAAAAGUAUUUCUCCUACGGGGUUUUUGUUUUCUUUUUUUUGGAUUUUCCAAGAAAGUAUGGAAUUCAACAGUAAUUAAGAAUUCUAGAGCUAUUGUUAUGCUGUGUUCCAUACGUGUAUUUAUAUGCAUACACAGUACAAUAUAUGUAUGUAAUAGGUCAUAGACAUGCAGAAAAAUUACAGCACACUGCCCCCUCAGUCUCCCACCUCAAAAGAAAUAUAAUGUUUUUAGGUACUUUUUGAUAAAUAGGAAUCUUGCUUCAGGAUUUGCAUAGUCCUUGUAUAUUCUUUUCCUUGAAUGUUUGAGAUGCUGAACUAUAAUUAUUAUGUCAACUGAGGAAAUACGUAUUUAAUAUAAAUAUGAACAAAGUAUAUGUAUAUAAAGAUGUAUUCUUGCUGGUAUGGUUGAGACUAGUAAUUCAUGGUGACAACACAGCAAAUCAACUACGGUAGUAUUACAGUGUAGUGAUGUAUCAUUUACAUUAAGGUUCCAGUAUUAUAUUCCUUUGCUAUAUUGUGUGUUCAACAAAGCUUUAUUAUGAUAUAUACUUGUACCUAUUACAAAAGAAUGCUGGAUUCUUACCUUUGACUUGAAAAAAAUGCACAAGUUGCAUUUUUCAAAGGUUCACUUAAAACGAACACAGUUAUACAGUAUGUGCAUAUAUUUAAUUACAUAUUUGUACACACUUAUCCCACAAUCUCUUCCACUACAAAGAUUGGAACAUUCAUAGAAAUAUAGUUCCUAGUAAAUAAAUCAUUUAAAUGUCACAAUAUACCUGUAUCUGUAUAUAUUUCUACAAAAACAAACCCUUUAACUACUGGUUAUAGAAUCUUAAGAGCAUAGUUUGCUGUACUUUGUGAAAAUUCAGAGAAUAAUCAAAUUGCAUAUGUAGUGUGUUUCACUCUGCCUGAAGGCAAAGUCAAAGGGUGCUGGUUUUGUCUCAUAGCUUUGUGUGGACUGUUUGCAGGAAGUUUUAUUUUAUUUCAUAGUGUAGAUAGGUGACAAUAUGAAAAAAAAGCCAGGCUGUUUUUUGACUGAAAUUCAUUGCCUUCAGAAUUUAAAUCCAGCCAUGCCGCUAUCAUAAAUUUCAUCAUGAAUUGUGUAUCUGAUUAUUUUAGUCGGCUUUCAACCGUACUCCGCCCUAACUUACAUUGUUUAGCUAAAGAAAUCAAGCAGAAGAUACAAGCAGAAAUGGAGUUCAGCACUUUGUCAGUUCAGUCUUAUGUCUGCUAAAGCUGUUGUGAACUUUGUUAUUUAAGUCUUCAGGUACAGAAUUUGUCCCACUAAUUUUUAAUCCUAGUCUCAAUUAAGACAAGUUAUGAUCCCACUUGUUCUCAGACAUGCACAUAUAUUCUUUUGAAGUCACUCCGCAGUGCAGGUUAAUGCUUAAAAUACACUUUUUUUGUCCCCCUUCUGAAAAAAAAUAACUUGUCAUGUGUAUUAACAUAUACAAAAUUGAUUAACCCUAGAUCUUCUAAUUAAAAAUAACCGUGAGGCUCUUAAGCUGCAGGUAGUACUUUUCCCAGCAGGUUAGCCACACAUCCAGUAUUACCUGUGGAAUAUAUAGGUUUCCUAUUAUCCACAAACAUUUUUAUUUUUUUU